CGAGAAGUGGCCGCAAGGAGGCGGUGUGCGAUAGCAGCUGCUGGCGAUGGAAUAGCCCUGAAGCAGAACAGGCUAAACCCCGUUUCAAGAUGAAUAUCGAUGCUAUGCAGGUGAUCCUGUUGAAGGUGAAAUGGAAAGGAAAAGACCUGUUUGAUCUGGUGUGUAGAACAUUGGGACUCCGUGAAACAUGGUUCUUUGGACUGCAGUACAUGAUUAAAGACACAAUAGCCUGGCUCAAAACAGAUAAGAAGGUCCUAGACCAUGAUGUCCCAAAGGAGGAGCCAGUUACGUUUCACUUCCUGGCCAAGUUUUACCCAGAGAAUGCAGAAGAAGAGCUUGUCCAGGAAAUCACUCAGCACUUAUUCUUUCUACAGGUGAAGAAACAGAUCUUGGAUGAGAAAAUCUACUGUCCUCCAGAGGCAUCUGUCCUCCUAGCAUCCUAUGCAGUGCAAGCCAAGUUUGUGUUCUUUGACGCCUUCCAGAUGCUUUCCCCUAUUUUGGUAAAAUUUGCCACACUAAACUUCCUUCUCACCCAUGCACCCUUUUCCCUUUGCAGGGAUGAAGCCGAAAUGGAGUACUUGAAAAUAGCCCAGGACCUAGAGAUGUACGGUGUGAAUUACUUUGCAAUUCGGAACAAGAAGGGGACCGAGCUCCUUCUAGGAGUAGAUGCUCUGGGCCUCCACAUAUAUGAUCCAGAAAACAGGCUGACCCCCAAAAUCUCCUUUCCUUGGAACGAGAUUCGCAAUGUCUCUUACAGUGAUAAGGAGUUUACAAUAAAGCCUCUGGACAAAAAGAUUGAUGUCUUCAAAUUCAACUCCUCCAAGCUGCGUGUGAAUAAGCUGAUCCUUCAGCUGUGCAUCGGCAACCAUGACCUGUUCAUGCGGAGGCGGAAGGCGGAUUCCCUUGAAGUCCAGCAGAUGAAAGCUCAGGCCAGGGAGGAAAAAGCUAGGAAACAGAUGGAGCGCCAGCGUUUAGCCCGAGAGAAACAGAUGAGAGAAGAGGCCGAACGCACGAGGGAUGAGUUGGAGAGAAGACUUUUGCAGUUAAAAGAAGAGGCAACGAUGGCAAAUGAAGCUCUGAUGAGAUCUGAAGAAACUGCAGACUUGCUGGCUGAAAAAGCUCAGAUCACAGAAGAGGAAGCCAAGCUCCUGGCUCAGAAGGCAGCAGAGGCAGAGCAGGAAAUGCAACGGAUCAAGGCUACAGCAAUUCGGACCGAGGAAGAGAAGCGGUUGAUGGAGCAAAAAGUGUUGGAGGCUGAGAUGCUGGCCCUGAAAAUGGCGGAGGAGUCUGAACGAAGGGCAAAGGAGGCUGACCAGCUCAAGCAAGAUCUGCAAGAAGCUCGUGACUCUGAAAGGAGAGCAAAGCAGAAACUUUUGGAAAUUACCAGCAAGUCAUCCUACACACAGCCCAUGAAUGCAAGUACAACUGCUCUGUCUGCCGAAUUGUCAACCUUUGGCAUAAUUAGCGAAAGCCUGUCCUUUGACUUCAAGGAUAACGACAUGAAGAGGUUGUCAAUGGAGAUAGAGAAGGAGAAGGUGGAAUACAUGGAGAAGAGCAAGCACCUGCAGGAGCAGCUGAAUGAGCUGAAGACUGAGAUCGAAGCUCUGAAGCUGAAGGAGAGGGAGACGGUCAUGGACAUUCUGCACAGCGAGAACCACGACCGGGGGAAUAGCAAGCACAACACCAUUAAGAAGCUCACCUUACAGAGCACCAAGUCCCGUGUGGCCUUCUUUGAAGAACUUUAGGACCCCCCGUUGCUCCUGGGACAGCUCUCGCCCAACGGAACCUCCUUGGGAGGACGAGCCAUAACCGGAGAUGCAUCGCUUCUUCCGAGCUGGGGGUUGCAGAGCGACUCCCUUUACGGGUGCAGUGCAUCGAGGCAUUCGGUGGCUGGAAGAGUUUGGCGUGAAUCCUUGUAGUUCUUAAUAAUCUCUGUAUAGCAAACAGUUACGUUUUUAGCUUUCUUUCUUUCUCCCCCCCCCCUCUUCUAAGCGUUUGUAUUGGUUGUGACUUUGAUUAUGCUCCUACUGCAGGAGACUGGAUUCAGUAUUGUUUCGUUCCUUCUCUUGGCCCUCCUUGCGGGGGCCACGAACGAUCCUUUCUCUUCAAGACAGAGAGACAGUCCCUAAAUCUCCCACGGUGGGAUCUGAACUUCUUGGAAGCUCCCCUGGAAAGCAUUUGUGUGUUUCAUCAGCAAAAUUAAGGGCUUACAAGGUUCCUUAUGGAGCCUUACUAAAUCCUUAAGUUUCAACGGGCUUUCCCUUGAUUCUGGUGGACUUUGAAGGGGUUUACUCUAUUCUGUAAGCCGAGAAAGCCAGAUUCUGUUUGAGAUUCAUGCUCGGUGUAUAAAAGGCACGUUUGGAGACCUGUCGUUCUAAUUUCAGGAUGUUAGUGAAGCAAGGAUUGAGGAAACGGAAGAGGGAAGGUUAAACCGGGGUGGAAGGAGUGAAGGAGUUUGAAGGCCCAGAAGGUGGAAGCUGAAGUGAACAUACCCCCGCCCCUAGGAGGCCAGCCCCUGCCCUUUGGGAUUUUAAACACUUUGAUAGCCCCGGCAUGCCUUUAUACAUUUUUCUAUGCAACAUUGAUGGUUGGAAAUUUGUUUUUCAGAAGUAAACAGAGCACAAUGCUGUAAUGGCUUCAUACUGCCUGGAAAAUAAAUAAUUAAAUGAAUAAAAUGUGGGGCACACCAUUUUAACUACAGGGGAGAGUCCCUGUUAGGAUCCAUUUCUCUCCAGCUUCUAGUCUUUGAACUUUGGUCAUUUUUAAAUGUAAUGUUUGUACAAUACUUCUGUGAGACAUUAUCUCUUUUAUUAAAGUCUCCGCUAUUUUUCAAGC